UAUUUACAGACCGCCGUUAUAAAGCUGGAAUAUUGCUGAGUACGGCGUUAAACAACAAAUAAACAAACAAACAAACACAAUUACAGUCGAACCUCGUUGAGUCGAUCUUGGAUGUGUCGAAUUCCCUAUUGUCUUGAACUCAUUUGGGAGACAAAAGUAUUCAAAUUAAGCAUAAAAUCACCUGAUGUCUCGAACCCCGGAUAAUUCGAACUUUAUUCCAGGUCCAUGAGCUCAACACAUCGAAGUUGGACUGUAUGUUCAAUGGCCUCGUGAUCAUUGCUAGUUUUCCUCUAGACUUUGGAAUUACUUCGUUAAUAAAUCACGAUUAUUUCCAGGCCGCCGUCAUACAGCUGCAAUAUGACUGAGUGCGUCAAUAUCUUUUUUUAAAAACAAACAAAUAUAUACUCAUGUCAUCUAUGACAUCAGGUAUAGACAUAUUACACGUGAUAUAUAUUCCAAGAUGGUGACCAAGUGUCAUUGAACACACGAACACAAUAACCAUCAAGGUUUGCUUUACACACUAUUUUGUGUACUAUUUGUUUGUUUGUUGUUUAACGCCGCACUCAGCAAUAUUCCAGCUAAAUGAAUAGCUGGCAGUCUUUAAAUAAUCGAGUCUGGACCAGACAAUCCAGUGGUUUUGUCAUUCAAGGGAUGAGACAUAUUAUAUUUCAUCGCCGUCAAUGACAUGCUUGGACGGCAAUGUUGUACCCAGGUCUGUCAACACGGGUAACUAAUAGGAGCCUUAGAUCUCAAAUUUAGCUGACACACUGUGACAUGACAUAGUUCCUCUAUUCGACGCGCGACCCCAAAUACAGGCUAGCCUCUUAUUGACGCUGGGUCCUAUGCUCUGUCCAACAAAUAGAAAUCGGAACUAUUAGAUGCCGAGUCCCAUCGCUUCCUGCAAGUGUACUUACCCUUCCUAUGAUUUUGUUUAGUGAGUUGCCACUGUGCCAUCAUUGUUCAGCAUAGACGCCAGGCCUCUAAUAGAUGCUGGGCUUGCGCGAAAUUAAUAGAUGCUCGGGCGUCUAACAGAGUAAAUACGGUAAAUAUACAUUAAACCUGACCAAGUCGCUACUGGUAUAUUAUAACGGUCGCGCUUUGUGCGUGCAGAGUGUGUUUGUGUUUAUGUGGGCUGCCUGUGACUCAUAUAGUCAAUGCAGAGUUGAUGCGGAACUAUAAAUAUCAAGGAAAUGCAAAGUCAUCGUCCUGUACACGCACGUGACGCUGCACAAUGAGCUUAUACAGAAGGGUGCUGAUCAAGCCGCCAUCAACACGCCAAAUGAAGUCGUGCACUGUAAAAUAAGUUCAGAUGGCGUCAAAAGCCAAUAAGGACCAAGACCCAUGCGUGGCACAGUCCAAACGACAUCAGCCAGGAGUUGAUCCACCACAGAUCGAUGUUACAGAACAGGUUACGCCAUGCUGUGAAGUGGGUCAUUGUGACGCGGAACGGUUGCGUGAUGGUGCAGAAAGUGAGGAUGUGGACAGUUGCGCAGCCAAACACACUGCUGGAAGAAAGGAUGAACACGGUGAAACACAUGAAGAUCCUGGACGGAAGGACCACACGCAUGAAGCACAGGAGGAAGAGGUAGACGAAUGCGGGGAAAUGUGUUCUCAAAUACAGAUUGAUCAGCAACAGAAUGAGUUGGAGGGAGAAGCGGAUCUGUCACAGGAGACUGACAAUGUACAUCGGAGAAGUGUCAAGCAGUCAGUGCUACGUGAUGGAGAUGGAUUUCUGCGUCAUGCUACUGGAGAUGACAGUGGACCUGGGGAGCUACCCAGCCCCCAUGCCUCCUGUUCUGACAUGAAGGAAGUGAAAGAAUUACUCACGGUCGUGCUGAGUGUGCAAAAUGUCCUUUUGGAAGAGACUCGCAUGUUGAAAGAUGCACACAGAAAGAAUGCUGUGACAAUGAACGAGGCGUUAGAGAGUCACAAGUCUGACUGUAGGACGUAUACUGACAACCAGGUGCGAUCCCUGGACUGUCGUCUCCACGGUCUGUCUGCGGUGCUGGACCACGUUCAGACGCGGUGCAUGGAGGCCGAGCUAGCAAGGGAAACACACAGGCAGUCGGAGACGUUGUCUUCAUCUGACGCCCUGGACGACGACAAUGUCGGGGCAAAAGCAGGUUUACCAGACAAGCUUCACCAAGUAAAAAACAGAUCAUGGCUUCGUCAGAAUCAUUUGAUGUUAAUCAACAAUUUGGAUCUGAAAAAUGGACUAUUGAUCGACAAACUUGUCCAAGACGAUGUCUUGUUUCAGUCUGACGAGGAGACAAUUCGGUCCCACUCCACAAGAAAGUGUCAGGUCCGAGAACUUGUGUCUAGAAUUAAUCGAUGUGAUUCAGAUCAGUUCCUGAAGUUCAAGAACCACUUGAGUUCAGAAUAUCCUCAUUUGGAGUGUCUCUCGUCUGCUGAGGACAAAGAGAAGAAGAAAUUUAGAGAAAAGUGUGUCGUCUGCAACCUCACAAAGAUCGUCGAUGUUCAUGACAUUGUGGAUCACAUGUACCAACAGAAGUGCAUUGAUUCUUGUACAUACGAAACAAUAUGGAGAAGAGACGUUUCUCAAGCGGGAUGGUGUCGUCUGCUUAAAGGGGUGACCAGAAGUGAUUCCAAAUGUACAGAAGCCCUGGUGGCCGCAUUGUCCAGGAAGUAUCCUGAGCUUGCUCAGCGUGUAGCGUGUGCACAAGGAGACGUGCUCACAUGCUGCUGUAGCAAGAUUAAGAAGGAGCAUUAGACAUUCACCAGGGGGGGGGGGGAAAGGUCUCAGUAACGUUGUCUCUUGAUGUAAUACAUGUUCAAUUAGAUUUUGUACCACAUUCUCAAUAUCGAGAAAACUUCAUGAACCUCA